GGAUGCUUCAGAGAGUUUGUGGAGCUCUCUGAUAUUGUAAAAUGGUUGUUGAAUCUUUGCUACAUUUUUCGAGUGCAGGCACAUUACUGGGCACUUUGCUAUUGUUACUGGUUUUCUAUCGGCUCUCUCGAGACUCUGAAUUUCAGAAAAAGAGGAAAGAUCCACCAGGACCCAAACCGAUACCUUUGCUGGGGAACCUGCUGACCCUUGACCUUUCAAGACCUUUUGACUCCCUUUGUGAGCUGUCCAAAACCUAUGGGAAUGUGUACCAAGUGUUUUUGGGUCCCAAAAAAGUCGUCGUACUUAUUGGACACAAAACUGUUAAAGAAGCUCUUGUGAAUUAUGCAGAUGAGUUUGGCGAGCGAGAUAUUACACCUAUUUUCAGGAUACUUGCUAAUGAUCAUGGGAUCCUCUUUUCUAAUGGAGAAAGCUGGAAAGAGAUGCGACGCUUCGCUAUUAGCAACCUGCGAGACUUUGGGAUGGGCAAAAGAGGGAGCGAAGAGAAAAUCAUUGAAGAAAUUCAUCAUCUCAAAGGAGAAUUUGAUAAGUUUGAAGGGAAACCCUUUGACACAACACAGCCUGUGAACUACGCUGUGUCAAACAUCAUCUCGUCUAUUGUGUACGGCAGCAGAUUUGAAUACACAGACCCUCGAUUCACAGAAAUGGUUGAUAGAGCAAAUGAAAAUAUUCGAGUUAGCGGAUCAGUUUCAAUGAUGCUUUACAAUAUCUUUCCAUGGCUGGGUCUAUUCCUCAACAGCAAAAGGACUGUCGUGAGAAACAUGUUAAAAAACAGAGCAGAAUUUAUGAAGUUGAUCACUGGCCUGCAGGAGACUCUGAAUAUACACGACCGCAGAGGCUUUGUCGACUCUUUUCUCAUCCGCAAACAGAGUGAUGAGCAAUUAGGCAAGAAGGACUCAUACUUUCAUGCAGAGAAUCUUCUCAUGACGGUGGGAAAUCUGUUUGCUGCUGGUACUGAUACUACAGGAACAACUCUGCGCUGGGGUCUGAUGCUCAUGGCCAAAUACCCUCAAAUACAAGAUCGAGUUCAAGAGGAGAUUGACAGAGUGAUUGGUGGACGUCAGCCGGUGGUGGAAGACAGGAAGAAAUUACCAUAUACAGAUGCUGUCAUUCAUGAAAUUCAGAGACUGGCCAACAUAGUUCCCAUGAAUCUCCCUCAUGUGACCAGCUGUGAUGUUACCUUCAAUGGAUACUUCAUCAAGAAGGGGACCACUGUUAUUCCUCUGCUGACGUCUGUUCUGAAGGAUGAAAGUGAAUGGGAGAAACCAAACAGCUUUUACCCAGAACACUUCCUUGAUGAGAAGGGCCAGUUCGUCAAGAGAGAUGCUUUCAUGCCCUUUUCUGCAGGGCGCAGGGUUUGUCUGGGAGAGAGUUUGGCCAGGAUGGAGCUCUUCCUGUUCUUCGCGUCUCUCCUUCAGAGCUACCGCUUCACAACUCCACCUGGAGUGUCUGAAGAUGAGCUGGAUCUCAAAGGAACGGUCGGAGUGACUCUGAAUCCGUCUCCACACAAACUGUGUGCAAUCAAACGCUUUUGAAAUCUGUCAACCAAAAUAGAAACAUUUUGUGACCCUGAAACACACAUUCAGUGUUAUGUUAAAGGGGUAUAUUUUUGGCAAUUAGAAAAUAAAUAAAUAUUGUAAGGGUCAAAAUCUUAGAUUUUUUAAAAUGCAUUAAAUCAUUUGAAUAUUAA